UUCUUGGUUCAUCGUCAGUCAACACCAGGCGACAUCUUCGACUAUCCUCGCUGCCUGAGAACCUAUGUACAUCAGAGCUGGACAUGCAGGAUUAUUGGAUUGGACACUAUCACUCUGAUCUCAAAUGGCUUACCGAAUUUGGUGCUUGUUUGCUCUUCUUGUUAUUGGCAAAGGCUCCCGCUCUACCAUGUCAACAGCCACGAUAUCUUUUCAACGGAGGCAGUUCCUACCCGUCAAAGGAGAAGAUUUUACGAUGGAGUGCACCUAUUUCCCUCCUUCGAAUGUUCGCACUGUCAAGUGGAAACACGAAGAAACACCAAUUGCGUCUGAGUGGUGCACAACUGCAAGUGAAUGUACACCCAAUAUUUCAAAUCCUACAAAGUACAAGUUAUUGGCAGAUGACCGCAGCACAUCCCUUACAAUAAUCAAUUUGAACACUGGUGACAAUGGGAGAUACACAUGCAAUGUAUUUAACCUACAUGGAGAACGUUCAGCGACUGAAAUACUGAAAGCACUAAAUCGAGUUCCACCCUCACGGGUUUUCAUUUCUGACGCCCAAUCGGGACGGCAAUACUUGAACAACGCCAAUAUAAGUAUAACUGCUGGAGAGUCGUUUAGCAUCACAUGUGGAGCAAAUAGGGCAAGGCCUCCCGCAGUACUGCAAUGGCUAGUACCAGAGGACGUGACCGUUGUUCAUCAGGAUCAAUCUGAUGUCAUUCAUUACGGAUCUUACAUCUCCCGGAAAGCCUUGACGAUCACACCCACGAGAGAUGACCACGGAAAGAUUCUCAGCUGCAUCGCAUCACACCCGGAAAUACAAAGGAGUCUUAGAUCCUCAUUUCUUCUGAAUGUUCAUGUUCUUCCUUCCAGUGUGCUGCUCUUUCUAACUGGAGGUAACCAGUCACUCUCAACAGUCCUACACGUUCAAGAAGAUUCACCGACUUCAAUCACUUGUAAAAGUAUUGGGUCAUUCCCAGCAACUGAACUAUCAUUAUGGUUAGUUGGUGACUUUGGCAGGACUCCGAUCCACGCAAAUGUGUCAAGUAAUAGGAGCGUUUUAGACGACACUUUGUUUGACACUGAAAGUACCAUUACCAUUAGACCAGAUGCCACGAACAAUGGAAUGCACAUUGUAUGUUUCUCGAAUAUGGACGAUGUUUUCUUUGUUAAAGUACUGACAGUUAGACUAUUUGUUUACGGUCUACCAGACAAUGUCGUAAUGAUUGUCCGUGGUGAUAUGCUCGAAGGCUCUGAGACCAACAUAACAUGUACAGCUCUUAAUGGAUACCCCGCUCCUCACAUCCACUGGUAUAUCGGGUCAAGGAACGUCACAGGCAAUUCAUCUGUGAAGACAUCCAUUAAUAGUGCUGAUCGAUAUGAUGCUGAAAGCACUCUGACCAUCAUUACAAAUAGGUUUGACCACGGCAAACGUCUUCUCUGUCAGGCAACUCAACCUACUUCAUCCACUUUGUGUUCCGUGAAUAACACAAAGGUUUUGCAAAUAUAAUUUCAACCUUAGAUCAGGACGAUGACUGUAAUGAAAACCGAAAAUCACCAGAUUAUUCAGUUAUAAAAAAAUGAACAAUGAAGAAAAAUAUACAUAAAUAUUGACAACGGAAUUCAAAUGAAUUUCCGCAGUUCCACUCGACAAUGCUCCAUUUCGAUAAUUAAAGCAAGGUUUAUCAUGGCC